AUAAUCUCUUCUCUCUUUUGCAGGGGCUGCUGAGCAUUUCCUGUUCUGAGGUGUUGGCCUUUUUCACUCACUAUGGAUGACAUCUUCACUCAGUGUCGCGAGGGCAAUGCCGUGGCUGUGCGUCUGUGGCUGGACAACACGGAGAAUGACUUGAACCAAGGCGAUGACCACGGAUUCAGCCCCCUGCACUGGGCGUGUCGCGAGGGCCGAAGUAACGUAGUCGACAUGUUAAUAAUGAGGGGAGCUCGGAUCAAUGUGAUGAAUAGAGGAGAUGACACACCCCUGCAUCUGGCAGCGAGCCACGGUCACCGUGACAUUGUGCAGAAGCUCAUUCAGCAGAAAGCGGAUGUAAACGCUGUGAACGAGCACGGAAACACCCCCUUGCACUACGCCUGCUUCUGGGGACAGGAUGAGGUGGCUGAGGACCUGGUAAAUAAUUCUGCGCUGAUCUCUAUUUGUAAUAAAUAUGGUGAGACACCGUUGGACAAAGGGAAAGCUCAUUUGAAGGAACUGCUAAUAG